GUGAUACGCACAUAAAGACCAGAAAAUAAUUCCGCAUCAGGCUGCCCCCAUUCGCGUUGAUACGGCGUGGUUUGUGCUAUACAAGUAGUACUUUCAGUACCUUAGUACUUACCUAUACCUUUGUUUCAGUGCAAGUGGAUAAUUGUUUCAGUCAGAUUUUGUAUUAUUAUUGUAUUGUAUCUACCUAAACAGUGGUUCGUGGCAAUUAAUGUGUAAUUACGGUUCACGACUGUUUAUCGAUGCAGAAACAAGAUGCCAUUGCUGUCAGUAUGUGACGGUCAAUAUGAACGGUCAUAAGCCCGAUACAUGAUAUUCGUUUUCGUCUUGUGCGAGAUACACUUAUGAUAUCAGUACCGUAGUUAUUCAGUUUUACGUAGGUGUAGAUUCAUUAGCCGAAUUUACGCGAUUAAAUUCCAAGUUUAAUGAACUUUAAUCACAAUGCAGUUAACAACUACGCAACAUGAGACCGUCGAUGAUGAUGAAACACAUCAGUAUUCGCUACAACCGAUAAAAAUCAAAUACGGCCAUCGGUACAGAAAGAAAAAAAUAAUUCACGCUAAUAGCGAAGAAACAGUAUUGGAAUUCGAUGAAAAUGAAGAUACGAAAACCGAAUUACCCGAUCUAGUUCAAGACACCGAUUCGAAAAAUGAAUCCAAUUCGCUCAAUUCAGAAUCUACACCCGAUGAAUGCAAUCCAACUUCCACCAACUGUUCUCCAGAUGUACGAGUAAAAGUUGAGCAUAAAAAACUCAGCUUACCCAAUAAUACAGUUAUUACUACCUCGAAACAAUCACUCAGCGCAAAUAAUUCACCAGAUAUGAAGGCUACGACGAAAAAAUUCAGUUUACCUUGCGACAUUUCGAAAGAUCACCUCAUCAUUAACGACAGUAUUAUUUUAGACGUGGAUAAUUUAAGGAAAAAGUACAAUUCGUCUACCAGUUUACCAACUGAUACUUCAAAAUUAGAUAGUUUGAGCGUCGAUAGUUUAAGAAGAAAACAUGGUUCGAUCGAUGGCUUCGAAGCUAGACGUAGAUUAGAUAGUAAAGUAGAAGAAUUCGUACAAGAGGUAAUGAUCAGUAUAUCAGAAAUUGGUCACGGUAAUCGGGGCGAUGGGGUGAGAAAAUUGAGGGGCAUUAUCAAGAAAACUUUAAGUUACGAAAAAGACGAACCCGGUGUAAAUGCGAUUCGUAUAAGAAAACGUGAAAGAUGUAAAAAUACCGUACAUUUUUCCGAAGAAAAUAUUACUAUCGAAAUCCCCAGGCCUUCGAAACCGUAUAUUAGAAAAGUUAAGGAUAAGAUGAGUUAUUAUUGUUGCUUCGGUUUUCUGUUUCCGAAUACUUGAGUUGUAAUUUUUAAUUUUUUUAAUCAAUUUUAUUCCAUAUUUUUGUAAUUACUCGAGUUUCCAAUAUUUUUACGAACUGAAAUGAUAAUAAUUUAACCAACGUAAAGUUUUUCUAACGCCAUCGCCAAAAAUAUGAUCCGAGGAAUGGAAUUUAAAUCGCGAAAUUGCCUAUUUCUUACGAGUAAGGUAUUUAUAAAUUGAAUAAGUAGAUCGUCAUUGUAAAAUAAACCUGUAAGAAUAACGUUAUUGAUUAAAAUGGUUAUUUAAAAAUGGAA